AUGGCCAUUCAGACUUCCAACGACGGCGUCGCAGAGGUGCCCCUUGCCUUCGUCUCCAACGCCUUCCUCGACGAACUGACCUCUGGCCUCAGGGCCCGUCCUAUCCCAUGGGAGGGCUACCAACGCGCGACUCUUAUUACCCAGGCUGAGCUCAACUAUAUCAAGGCAAUCGAGAAAAAGACUGGCGAGGAUCUUUCCAGAGUCGUGGAUAAGGAGGGAAACGUUUACGGAGAACUCUUUAUCAGCUUGCUCCAGAAGCUUGUCCGUGUCGAUACCAUUCAGUCAAUCCUCAUCCUCAUUGACGACCUUCUCCUUGAUCACGAAGAGCGUGCUGCCUACUUUUUGCAACUUGGUCAGACGGAUGCCUCGUUGCCUUAUGCUCCUCUCCUCAAGUACGUCGCAUCGUGUUUGAGAAGCGAGGACAGUUUCAUUGCCCUGAAGGCAAGCAAGGUCUUGACGACCCUGCUGUGCGCCUCGCCCAAGCCUGACACUGAGGCUGCAGGAGAACUUUUCCGCUGGACGACUGCUCAAUUGCAGAGCAAGAACCCUGCCGAGGUCGAUCUUUCUGUUCAGGUUCUGGAGUCGGCUUUGAGACAGCGCAACGUUCGCAUUGUCUACUGGAACACGCCUCAGGCGAUUGAUGCCCUUGUCAGGAUCUUGAAAAUGGAGAACCCUGGACCUCAGAUGCAGUACCAGGUCAUCUACUGUUUCUGGAUCUUGACCUUUAACGAGGAGAUUGCUCAGGAGCUCAACAGGAUGUACGAUGUUAUCCCUCAGUUGGUUGAUAUUGCUAAAUCCGCCAUCAAGGAGAAGGUCAUCCGUGUUGUCAUUGCCACCCUGAGGAACUUGGUUGAGAAGGCACCCGAGGCCAACUUGGCUGCUAUGGCUGCUGUGAAGUUGCUCCAGUUCAGUGAGAACCUGUCGUCGCGCAAGUGGUCGGAUGCCGAGAUCUUGGAGGAUGUCAACUUUUUGAAGGCACAGCUCCAGGAGAACUUCCAUACAUUGACAACAUUUGAGGUUUACAAGGCAGAGUUGCUGUCGUCAAGACUGACCUGGUCGCCACCCCACUUGUCGGAACAAUUCUGGAUCAAGAACUGGAAGGAGCUCAAGAAGGAGAACUAUGCCCUUUUGAGGGUGUUGGCACGUCUCCUCAGCACUUCCAACGAUGCCAUUGUGCUCUCUGUGGCCGCCAGUGACAUUGGACAAUAUGUCAAGCGUGACCCUAGCAGCAAGAAGUUCUUGCAAGAGAUCGGUGUCAAGCAAAAGAUCAUGGAGCUCAUGGCCCACCCUGAUCAGGAGGUUCGCUACAACAGUGUCAACACGAGCUGGUCCUUGAUCGGAGGAAAGGUUUAA